AUGGACUCGGAUUCUAAUUACGAUUCGUGGAAAUACUUACCGUUCGAGCUAGGCGAAUGUGAAGACCUCGAGAACUAUGAGCCGGGAGGUUUCCACCCGGUGCAUCUCGGUGAUGUGUAUGAUGAACGCUACCGAGUCAUCCACAAGCUCGGGUCUGGCGGUUUCUCUACCGUCUGGCUUGCUCGAGAAACCAUCACGAAUCGAUGGGUCGCCUUGAAGAUCGUUGCCGCUAGAGACUCACCUACGUACGAAGACCGUUCCGUGAUUACGAGCAAUCCCAGCAUUGCCGGGUCUCGUCUUUUUGUCACAGUUGAUCGGCAGUUCUGGAUCGACGGUCCAAAUGGCCGACAUCUUUGUCUCGUACUUCCGGUUUUAGGCCCGGACUUGUCUAAGAUUUCUAGGGGAAUCUACUCGAGAAUAAAACCAGCAUUUGCCCAGGAGGUAUCUCUCCAGGCAGCUCUGGCUCUUAUACAGCUCCAUUCAAACGGGCUUUGCCAUGGAGACUUUACUACGAGCAACAUAGCGUUACGCCUCAUUAACGAGUUUGACUCGUACGAGGAGGAUCACCUACUUGAACUUUUUGGAAGUCCUCAAACUACGCCCCUUCGAACCUACUCCGAGGAUCCCCCAGGACCUCACGGACCCGAAUACAUUGUGGUCCCCUUAGACUUCUGUUCUUCAGCCACCAACGUUCUUAGCAGCGAAAUAUGUAUCAUAGAUUUUGACCAGUCAUUCACAAUCACAUGUCCGCCGCUGGAACGGCCUGGGAUACCGGCGAAGUAUCUAGCACCAGAAGUUACGGUCGGACGACCCGCAAGCCCAACAUCGUAUAUUUGGGCUCUGGGAUGCGCCAUCUUUCGGAUCCGGUCAGGCGACGACCUUUUCUUUGACUACGACACCGAUACCCCGGCCGAUGCGCUUAGGCAGAUUGUUAAAGCCCUAGGUGAGCUUCCUGAGGAGUGGAAGCAGACUAAGUUUGACGAGGAGGGGUUUGCCGUUUUCGACGGGGAGGGCGAGCUAUUCUGGAAUUUGGAAGAGACGCGGCCAUUGGAGGACCGAGUACGAGGGAUUAUUGAUGAGCCACCUAGUCUAUUUAUAAACCGUCUAGGAGAGGCGGUUAAUCCCACGGACGAGAAACCGGGGGCUGCUAUGUUUGACGAUGAUGCCGCUCUCAGGGAACCCUACUCGCCCGCGUUCAGCUCGAUUAUAUGGAAACCAACGGCAGUAUGUGUCGCCGGCAACUACUUCAUAGCGUACUCGGAUGAGUUGGAUGGCAUACUCGGAGCGUUCCCAAGGAUAUCGGAACUCGAGGCGUCGUUGCUGGUCGACCUUUUAUCGAAAGUUUUCACGUAUGAUCCAGGGACGCGGCUUAAAGCGGAAGAGUUAGUUACUCACCCUUGGUUUCAUUUACCUAUAGCCUCUAAGUCAGGGGUAGAUUUAAAGUAG